GAAUAAGGAUAGACUGAUGCUGAUAUCACUAAUAGCGUCUUCCCGAACGCACUCUCUAUAUAUGAGCCAUUAUUCAAUAAGAGUUUCAUCAUAGUGCGAUUGUGUGCACGAAGUGAAGAAGAGGUAUAUAUAAAAGAUAUUGUCUUUGCAGUGUCAUUCCAUUUGGAUUGUAAAUAUGAGAAGGUAAAAGUUGUGUGUCAAAGGUGUUGAUAAGAUAUCGAAGUGCAUUAGAAAUAUUGACAAUUCUAACGUAACAUACUAUUUACAGAUAGAAUGGACUUUAGCUCUUUGAUACUAUGCACUCUUUGCAUUAUUGUGAUUUUUGCAAUUCUGUCGAUAGUAUAUGAACAAUAUGUUACUCGUCAAAAAUUUAAAAACUUUCCCCAAAUUGAUGAAGGAUCUUCUAUUAUUGCUUCAACUUUCCAGUUAAUAAAAUUAUCAGCAUAUGAACGCACAAAAUGGAUGUUAUCAUGUAUGGAAAAGACACGUAAAGAAGGAAUAUUUGUACAAUGGUUUGGAAUCACGCCUAUGGUUUGGAUGUAUAAACCAGAAUAUUUAGAGCAUAUUUUACACAGCACCGUGAAUAUUACAAAAGGAGACGAUUAUGAACUGUUAAAACCUUGGUUGGGCAAUGGACUUAUAACAUCUACAGGUCAACAAUGGUUUCACGAUAGAAAACUCAUCGGGCCAACAUUCCAUUUUACUAUAUUAGAUCAAUUUGCUGUGGUUCAGUUUGAAAAGGCAGAGAUCCUUCUAAAAUGUAUCGAAAAAAAAAGAGAAAAAAAUCCAGAGAAACCUAUUGAUGUUUGCCCUCUUUUAACUAAUGUUGCUCUUGAUAUUAUCUGUGAAACGGCCAUGGGUGUGGAUAUACAUGCUCAAGAAGUCGAAACCAAAUAUACAUCAGCAUUACUAGAAGUAUCUGACUUAAUGUUUGAUCGAUUCUUUACACCAUGGUAUUGGAUUGACUGGUUGUACUUUUCAUUACCUGUAGGAAAGAAGAUGAAAUCAAGAAUUGACAUAUUGCAUAAGUUUGCGACAGAGAUAAUAAACAAAAAAAAGACUGAGCGACAAUUGGAAAGUGACCAUACAGAAGUAAAAAAUGAGGAUGAUGAUAUGAACAUAGGUAAGAAGAAGAGAAAAGCGUUCCUAGAUCUACUAUUAGAUCAGAAUGAGAAAACCGAUACUCCUUUGACCGAUGAUGAGUUGAGAUCGCAAGUCGACACGUUUAUGUUUGCGGGACACGAUACAACUUCAUAUGCGAUGAUUUGGGUACUUUUUCUCUUGGGCAAUAAUCUUGAACAGCAAGAAAAAGUUCACGACGAACUCGAAGAGGUUUUUGGAAAUUCGGAGACAGUCAAUGUAAAAGAUCUAUCGAAAUUAAAGUAUCUUGAUAGAGUUAUAAAGGAAACGCUUCGAAUAUUUCCCAGUGCAUCUGUAAACACGAGGAAACUAGUAGAAGAAAUAAAAUUAGAUAAGUACACAAUUCCGAAAGACACCGAUGUUACAAUACCAAUUUGGUUGACACAUCGCAAUCCGGAGAUUUGGCCGGAUCCGUUGAAGUUCGAUCCAGAUCGCUUUCUUCCAGAAAACUCAAAAGAUAGAAAUCCGUACGCCUAUGUUCCAUUCAGCGCUGGACCAAGAAACUGUGUAGGCCAGAAAUUUGCUAUACAAGAACAGAAAAUCAUAUUGACUACUAUCCUCAGAAAAUAUAGAGUAAAAAGCGUAAAAACAAUUGAUACCGUCAAAUAUAUCUCCUCUAUCAUUUUACGACCUAUCGAAGAAAUACUGAUACAUUUCACGCCGAAGAAGUAA